AUGGGUGAUACAAGAAAGAAGAAAAAGUUCUACUUUCGUAAACGGAGGAACAAGUACUUCUUAGAACCCGGCUUUCGAGGUUUCUUCUGCACGUGUAACUUCAGAGAAAAGGACUGUGUGAAGGAGAUGUACAAUUUACUCAACGAGUACGCGACUAAACUAUAUCCAGAAGUUGAUGGCCCUCCGCCGGCCACCGCUGAUAGAGAAGACCGUACGGACAGCGACUCAGAAAGUGAGACUGACAUAGGGGAUCUCCUUAAGAGAGAAGUUGACUCUAUGAAGAAUUACGCUCAGAAGUCACUGAGGCACAAACGAUUUCAAGUUGUGGAGACUGGAGCCUCCAACUGCAUUUUUAUUAAGACUAACCUACCUUGCCCCGAAGAACUGACUACAGCUAUUAUCAAAGAUUUAUGUGCCACCAAAGUCCAGAAGACGCGACAUGUGUUAAGAUUCUUGCCUAUAAUGGCAACAUGUAAAGCUAAUUUACCAGAUAUAAUGGAAAGCGCAGGUAAACUGUUUGAUAAGUUCUUUUUGAAGACAUCUUCAACAUUUGCAGUUAUUUUCAACAAGAGGUUUAAUAGUAGCGUGUCAAGGGACUUGAUAAUUAAGGAAUUAGCAGAGUUAAUUGUUUUAAAAAAUAGCAGUAACAAGGCUGACUUGAAGAAUCCAGGACUUUGCAUAAUUGUGGAAAUUAUUAAGGGUAUUUGCCUAUUGAGUAUUGUCGAUAACUACUUUUCAUAUAAGAAGUAUAACCUAAAUGAACUGUGUAAAGAGGACUCGAGCAAUGACGCUGAAGUAUCUCAGGCAAAGAAAUUUAAGCCUGAUAUUCCUCAAGAGACUAAAACUAUCGAGGCGCCAGUUACUGUUUAA